CCCCGUUUUCCCCAUCCCCUCCUAUUAUUCUUAUUCUUUUGAGUAUUCUUCAUUGUCAAGCCGCCAAAGUGGAGAGUGUGAUUGCAGAAGGGGGUGCUUCUCGUUUCAGCGAGUUCCUGGGGAAAACCCCAGGGCAAAGCGUUCAGAGAUGGGUUCCUUCACGAAGCACUAGACGAGAUGCCAACUCCAGCAACGAAAAAGAGCGACACGAUGCAAUCUUCAGGAAAGUGAGGGGCAUACUCAACAAACUCACGCCUGAGAAGUUUGACAAGCUAUGCCUUGAGCUCCUGAAUGUGGGCGUAGAUUCAAAACUCGUCCUUAAAGGAAUCAUCUUGCUGAUUGUAGACAAAGCCCUAGAAGAGCCGAAAUAUAGCUCGCUCUAUGCUCAGCUAUGUCUGCGCUUGGCAGAGGACGCUCCAAACUUUGAUGGCCCUUCAUCUGAGAUCCAAACAUCCCAAAAGCAGAGCACAACCUUCAGAAGACUGCUGAUUUCCAAGCUUCAAGAUGAAUUUGAAAAUCGCACCAGAAAUGUUGAAAUCUAUGAUAAACAUGACAACCCUCUCACUUCUGAGGAGGAGGAGCAGCGUGCCAUCGCCAAGAUCAAGAUGCUUGGCAACAUUAAAUUCAUCGGGGAACUUGGCAAACUUGACCUCAUCCAUGAAUCUAUCCUUCAUAAGUGCAUCAAAACACUUCUGGAAAAGAAGAAGAGAGUCCAGCUCAAGGAUAUGGGAGAGGAUCUGGAAUGUCUCUGUCAGAUAAUGAGAACAGUGGGGCCGAGACUCGACCAUGAGAAAGCAAAGUCUUUAAUGGAUCAGUACUUUGGCCGUAUGCGAUCCUUAAUGAACAACAAGGAGCUGCCUGCCAGGAUCCGCUUCCUGCUGCAAGAUACAGUGGAGCUGCGUGAAAACAACUGGGUCCCCCGCAAGGCCUUCAUCGACAACGGACCAAAGACAAUUAACCAGAUCCGUCAGGACGCAGUGAAGGAUUUGGGUGUUUUCAUCCCAGCACCCAUGUCUCAGGGGAUGAAGAUGGACUUCUUCCUGGAAAGCCCUUUCAUGCCCAACAGAAUGAAACUGGACAGGGAGACUCUUGGGGGAUUGGCCGACAUGUUUGGACAGAUGCCAGGCAGUGGGAUCGGAACCGGACCGGGUGUUAUUCAGGACAGGUACUCGCCCACUAUGGGACGCCAUCGCACCAACCCACUCUUCAACGGCCACAGCGGCCACAUCGCGCCUCCUCAGCAGUCGCAGUUUGACAUGGGGCCCAAGUCUUUCGUUAAGUCCAACCAGGUUCAGAACCAACAUUUCCUCAACCAGAGCCAGAACCACAUGAGCCAGCAGCAGGCUCAGUCCAAGGACAUGCCUCCACGUUUCAGCAAGAAAGGACAGCUCAAUGCAGAUGAGAUCAGCCUCCGGCCGGCUCAGUCAUUCCUCCUCAACAAGAACCAGGUGCCCAAGCUUCAGCCUCAGAUCCCCAAUAUGAUGCCUCCCAGUGCUCAGCCCCCCCGCACCCAGACCCCUCCACUAGGACAGCCUCCACAGCUUGGCCUGAAGACCAACCCUCCACCCAUCCAGGAGAAACCCCAGAAGACCAACAAAAAGCCGCCUCCUGCCAAAGAGGAGCUUCUGAAAACCACAGAGGCCAUCAUGACUGAGUACUUGAACAGGAAGAACCUGACUGAAGCCGUGGGCGGCGUGCGGGAGAUGAAAGCGCCAAAGCACUUCCUGCCAGAGAUGCUCAGUAAGAUCAUCGUGUGCUCCCUGGACCGGCCCGACGAAGACAAGGAGCACGCCAGCACUUUGAUCCACGCCCUGCGCACCGACGGCCUCAUCACCGGAGAAAACUUCAUGCAGGCUUUCCUCAACGUCCUGGACCUGUGCCCGAAGAUCGAGCUGGACGUGCCUCUGGUGAAGUCCUACCUGGCCCAGUUUGCGGCUCGGGCCGUCAUGGCGGAGCUGGUGAGCGUGGCGGAGCUGGCCCACCCGCUGGAGAAUGGCACCCACUUCCCGCUCUUCCUGCUCUGCCUGCAGCAGACGGCCAAGUUGAAGGACCGCGAGUGGCUCACCGAGCUCUUCCAGCAGAGCAAGGUCAACAUGCAGAAGAUGCUUCCAGAAAUAGAUCAGAACAAGGACCGCAUGCUGGAGGUUCUGGAGGGAAAGGGGCUGAGCUUCCUGUUCCCACUGCUGAAGCUGGAGAAGGAGCUGCUGAAGCAGAUCAAGGCCGACCCAUCGCCACAGUCCAUCUACAAGUGGAUUAAAGACAACAUCUCACCCAGGCUGCACACCGACAAAGGCUUCGUUAACAUCCUCAUGACAAGUUUCCUCCAGUACAUCUCCCAGGAGCUGUGCAUGGUGGAGGGUGACGACCAGCUGGCAGCCCCCUCCAAGGAGCAGCUGGAGCAGGAGAAGCAGCUGCUGCUGGCCUUCAAACCCGUCAUGCAGAAGUUCCUGCACGACCACACUGAGCUGCAGGUCAGCGCCCUCUACGCGCUGCAGGUGCACUGCAACGCCAGCAGCUUCCCUAAAGGUAUGCUGCUGCGCUACUUUGUCAACUUCUACGACAUGGAGAUCAUCGAAGAAGAAGCCUUCCUAGCAUGGAAAGAAGACAUCACCCAAGAAUUCCCUGGAAAAGGAAAAGCUUUAUUCCAGGUGAACCAGUGGCUGACUUGGCUGGAGACGGCAGAGGAAGAGGAGUCUGAGGAAGAAGCAGACUGAGAAACAGCAGAAGCAUCAUGACCUAGAUCUGCCAUUUUGUUGUUCUCACCCACACUUUUAUUAUUUUAACACCACGCUUUAUUUAACCACUACCACACGGCACCGAGCUGCUUCCGUCAAUCUAAACCCAAAGCUUGUUAACUCGUUGGGCUGAGAAGCAUCGUUUGACCUAAUGUGGAUGUUUGGAUUGUUUUUUUUUUAUUAUGUUCUUGGAUCUGUGUUCAGUCAGCUACACAUGGAGUUUAAAGCAACUUUAUCCUGUUUAUUUCCUUGUUUUUGCUUUGUUUAGUUUUUCACUUUGCAUGUUGGUUUUUUUUUUUCUUAAUUCAAAACCUUUUCAACUUAUUUUCCUUCAGGCAAAAAAAGAGAGAAAAAAAUUUAACAGAUAUUUAAAUACAUCUAUGAAACGGUGUUGAUGAUAAUCAUUACAUUCAGGUGCGAUCCUAAGAAACGGCAGUAAGGAUUUGGUGAUUCUCAUAAUAAAAAUUAAAAAAAACGGCCCAACAAAGAGAAGACGAAGCAGAAAACAUUUUUUGGUGUUAAAAAAAAAAACCCAUUAGUUUUAUUAGAGCGUAAAUCUUCUGCAUGACCAGGAGGUGGCCCUGUUUUCUCCUGCUAUGUAUUGUGUAUGAUUGGUUGCAAUACUCCUCUUCAAGAUGUUACAACAGUUGGGAAAAAAUGUGAUCACUGUUGUGGCGCUGAACCGUUUCCAACUCUGCCUGUGUUUCUACCUCUUAGUUAUAGAUGGGCUUUUUGUUCUCAUGAUGAAAUUAAAUAAUGAGUCAAAAACAAAAAAAGGUUGAGCAUUUCAUUCAGUCCUGGCCUGAUUGCACACUGUAAACAUUUCCAAGAAGGCUUCUUCACAUGGGAUUACAAGUAUUGAUAUUCAAAGAAGGAAACAUCAUUUCUGCAGCUUAGUAACCUGGUAGAAACCUACCCAUAAUGCAGUUUUGUCGCAGAUUGUUGGGGGGGGGGGGGGGUGGCUUAUUUGAAAUCUCAGCGUAAAUGUCUCUUGGUGCGUGGAAAACAUGUAAACAACUUAACAGUUAAAAAAAAAAACGUACCCAGAUUAUGCUGAUAAGCUAUGUGUAGGGUAAUGAAUAUGAAUCUUAUUGUAAGGUAUUCAUAAUUAUUGUGCACCUCUGUUGCUAUAAUGUCAAUAAAGUCCAGUACAUGAGCA